CUGAAGAAUUAGCAACCAAGCUUUGUUUUCCUGUUUUCAAGGCACAUUCUUAAAUGGUUUUUAUAUGGCGUUUUGUGAUCUCGAGGUGUUUUAGUUCCAAAGCAAGCAAGGUAAAGUAGGAAUCGUUUGAUCAUUUAUUCUGAUAGAAAUCGGUGCUGACAAUCUAAUUCUUAAUCAAACAAUCAAAAUUCUUCAUCUAGUGUAAACAACAACAAUCAAAUAACUGAAAUAAUUGCUAACUUUGAUUAUGUUUAUUUUACUCUUAGCCUCUUUUUCUGUUUUACUCUAAUUUAAGUAUGUGUUCCGUUUAAGAGUAUGGCAAUGGUUGUUUUGCUAAAGUAUGAAACCACUGGUGCAUCUUGGCUGUAUUAAUUAGUGACGCAACAGGACUUGUUUGUAAAACCCUUUAACCCCUAAGAGUGACCAGCAAACAAUUUCUCCUUACACUAUCACCCCUUGUAUAUAACAUUAAGGUCAAGAGAAUAAAGGAAAUGAUCACCAACUACAGAAGCUCUUGAUUAUGAAACAAAUUCUCCUCACAGCACCAUAGGGAAUGUAUAGGGAACAGUAUAGAGAAUAUGCAUAUUGGGUGUAAAGAGUUAACUAAAACCCUUCAACUCCCAGGAGUGAAUAAUGAGCAACUUCUCUUAGUCAUAUCAACACAUUUUCCAUCAGACAGGUAAGGAGAAAAGAAAACUUUUAUUUCUCUUAACUCCUCUUAACUCCUCUUAACCCCUUUAACACCUAGAGGUAAUCAAAAUGUAACUUCUCCCUAUAAUAUCUAAACAUUAUUCAGCAAACAGGUCAUGAGAAUAUUCAAACUUAUUGGGUUGAAGUUGUUAUCUCGAUCUGACACCAAAUUCUUGUAUCUUAAUUACAAGGAAAUGAUCACCCAUUUGAAAGGAGCUCUUUGUUAAACAAAUUUUCCUUGUCCUUAGUACUGAAGGAAAUGUAUAAAGAACAGUAUGGAGAAUAUACAUACUGAUGUUAGGAACCAAAGGGUUAAGAAAAUGUUUGCAUAUGCCCCCCAAAAAAUGAAGGGGAUUUAACCAAAAAAGGUAGUUUAACUCACUUCAGUUGUAUUUGUCUUUGUCUCCUGUGUAUUUUUAAGGUCAAUUCAUGGUGAUUCAUUACACCCUUUAACCCCUAAGAGUGACAAGAAUCUAAUUUCUCCUUACUAGAUCACCUCUGAUUUACAUAUUCAGGUCACAGGAAUAAAGAAAAUGAUCAUAGAGUAAAGGAGCUCAUGAUUGUUAAACAAAGUCUCCUUGUCAAUACCAUAGGAAAUGUAUAAAGAACAGUAUGGAGAAUAUGCAAACUGAAGUUAGGGUGUACAGGGUUAAGCAGUUUUUUUGUUGCUCUGAUUUAUGGGUAAAAAAGGAGAGGCUUGAUACCACCUAGCUUGCUGUGAAUGAACCCAAAAGUCACACUGGAAACAAAGGCAAUAGACUGAACAAGUUAGGUAAUAUUUUUUCAGUAAAAUCGUAGAACCUUUUUUGAUCUAUAAAUCAAAUACAACUAUUUCUGCUUAACAAGUCUACUUGCGUAACAACAAAUAUACCAGAGAUGUACUCAUAUUUGAAGAUUGGAGCCCCUCUGAUGAAAAGGAGGGGAAUUGCAACCCUCUAUUAAAUUGCAUGAGGUCACCCAUUGAUCAUGUCUUUGCACUUGUAUGCUGCUACCAUUGAAUUUUGAUGGCAGUUCCUUUUAUUUCAAUUUUUUUCAGAAAAGGCAGUUUAUUGACUGGAAAAAAGUUAUCCUGAAGGCAGGAAAUGGUGGAAAUGGUUGCCUUCACUUUAAAAGACAAAAGUAAGAUCAAAAGCUUAUCAGAUACAGUAACAUUUAGUUAUGAUAUUUUCUCCCCAAUCAUGCAAUAAGUCAAUGAUAUCACAAUAUCCAACAUCGACAUCUAGAUACCAACCCAGAGCUGGUCCAGAUGGCGGAGAUGGUGGGAGAGGAGGGAGUGUCAUUCUGAUUGCAGAUUACUCUGUUAAGGAGUUUGCUCAUCUUCCCAAACAUAUCAAGGCUGAAAAUGGUGGAGCUGGUAAGGCAGAUGACUGUAAGGGAAAGAAUGGCUCAGAUCAGAUGUGGCAGGUAAAUUACAAACUUAUCGGGUCACAAACCUAAUGAAAACCAAACAUUAUGGACGUGAGAAUAAAGGAAAUGACCAUGUUAGACAACUUCUCCUAGUCAGUACCGUGAGAAAUAUAUAUAAUGGACAGUAUAGAGAAUAUAUAUGCACACUGGGUCUGAAGGCUGGUUUAAAUGACCACAUGCACAGAAUGAAGCACUCAAUGACUUUUGAUACAGACUCAAAUUCUCCGUGUGUUUUGCAAAGAAACACAUUGACAGUUUAGAAGGAGAAUCUUGUAGUCUAUCAGAAGUCACCUAGACUUAAUUUCAUUCACCCCUUAAAGUGAAUUUCUUAACAGAUGUGCUUGGGGUGGUUAAAGGUGUUUUAAUGGGGCUUUAUAAGCAGCAGUAGGCUGCCAGUUUCUGGCUUAAAUUGAAGCCUCUGGCUUUCACGUUUCACUCCUUUGGCUACUAUUUUGUUAGAUUUCCCUAACCAUUUGCAAUACUGUGUUUUAUUUGACUGAGUUGGAGGGCUAGAGGGGAAAAUAUUUGGCUUCAGGUCAUGUCAUGACCACUUGUAUGUAUCUUCCUGAGUUGCUCAGGAGCACUGUGUAAAUGAAGGGUCAUGCCUAAGAACAUGGCAUGAUUUUCCUUAACAGAUGGUCAUAUUAUGAAGAGAAGAGUGAACAUUGGCAUUAAGAUUAGUUCCCCUAUUUCAGUAACCUAAUUAGAAAAGUCCCUUUAUAGGUACCCCUGGGCACUGUUAUUAAAGAGCAAGGUCAUGUAAUAGCAGACUUGACUGCCAUGGGAGAGACCUUUGUAGCUGCUCAAGGAGGCCUUGGUGGAAUGGGGAAUGCAUAUUUCAAGACACCAGAAGAUCGUGCACCCAAUGUUACCACUGAAGGGACCCCCGGAGAGGAAAAAGUUGUAGAGUUGGAGUUGAAGACAAUAGCUGAUAUUGGAUUGGUCAGUAUUGCUUUGCAUUAUUGGAACUCAACCAGUGUUCAAAACUUAUAGCCUUGUAGUUGAAGCAUUUGGCAAAUUGGUUUGUCCUAUGUUACAGGUUGGUUUCCCUAAUGCAGGAAAAUCCACUCUUCUAAGAGCAAUUUCUCGGGCAAUGCCAGCAGUUGCUGCUUAUCCUUUCACCACCAUUAAUCCCUAUGUUGGAAUUGUAGAGUUUGAAGAUUACCAGCAAAUUGCAGGUAACAUUUGAAUGAUUGCACAGUAACUGAUACAUCUAGAUAAAAUUUCUGCUUACAGUCUGCUUACUGUCUGCUAUAUGCUAUAUUAUGUAAGCUGUAAGCCACAUUUUCUAUUGGUUUAACUGGUGUAAUCACCUAUGCAGGAUGGAAGAAGACACAAGAAAAGUUUGGUGCAAUAAACCAUGGCUAUUUUAGCAAUCAGUAGAAAGAAACCUUUCAGAGCAUUGUUUUAUUUUUUUAUCUAUUGCUCUAUUGUCUUUUUGUUGUCAUUUGUUUUUAUUGAAUUGAUGUUUUCCUCUUCCUACUCUGUAGUAGCAGAUAUUCCUGGUUUAAUAAGUGGAGCACAUCUAAACAAAGGGUUAGGACAUGCUUUCCUACGACAUAUUGAACGAUGCCGCUGUCUACUGUAUGUUUUGGACAUUUCUCGCCCAGACUCACUGACAACUUUUGCUUCCUUACGGCAAGAAUUGGAGCUUUACAAGGAACAACUAUCACAGAGACCAGCAGCCAUUGUGGCUAACAAAGUAGACAUUGCUAAUUCAGAGACAGAAAUCCAACAACUACAGAACACUUUCCCUCUUCCAGUUAUACCUGUAUCAGCAAAGUAUGGAAAGGGUAUACCAGAGCUGAAAAAAGAACUUCGAAAACUUUUCAAUGACACUGUUGUAAUUUCUUGACUUUUAAUUCACAUUCAACGAAAGAUGCAAGAAGAGACAAAUCUUUAGCUUUUAUUUAAAAAUAGCUUUUUAUUGGGUCACUUUGCAGGUUGUUCCAGAAAGUAAUACUCAUUCAGUAGCCAUAAGCAAACUAUUUACAUUGAUGUCCUCUGCAUAAAAAAUUAAUUUUAGUACAACAUGAUGAUAAAAAUAUGUACUAGUGAAUAACAAAAAUAGCAACACUUUGCAAUAAAUACCUCUGGUUAAUUCAUCCUAACUUUUGUACAGCCCAAGGGGUCAAACAUCCAAUUCUUUUUAUGCACUUGCUAUUGCAUGAAUGGGUAGUAGUCUAUUAAAUUCUAAAGCUAAACUAACAUGAUUAUAGAAUGGCAAGUAACAACUAUUCACUAAAGUGGAGGUGGCCAAUGGUGAAUAUUUACGGAGCUGUAAGUAUGUACUAAAACAGUGAGAAGUAUAGCCUAAAAAGAUUAUUUAAACUUGUUUACUCCUGCAACAAUUAUAAUAUUCUUGGACCCAGAUCCAGUGCAAAUUGCCUGGAAGUGAGCCCCAAAGAUUAUUUGGAGUUCGAGUGGCUAAUAGGAGCGUGCCUUCAACACUAUCAACUGUUAGUAUAUACUAAAUAUGAAUAAUCAAAAUCAUAAGUCAUCUUUAAAAACCCUAUAUCCAAAUUUAAACUCGUAGUCAUGCAAACAUUCCAAUGAACACAAUAUCCUACAUUUUCAUCAUAAUAUUAAAUAUAUGUUUUUUGAACACAAUAAUGAUUGGAGAAAUAUGACUUCAUUUGUAUUCCCCUAUCAUGGUUCACAUUCUUGUCAAUUUUACAUACUUUUGAUAUCUUAUUUAAGGGUUGUUACAACUAGAAAGACAAUUGUAAGCUGUAAAAGCAUAUUGCCCAUGAUGCAAUGCAAACUCUGCCACAGUCACAAUCUAAGCCAAGUUGUUCAGAACACAUUUUUCCUAACCUUGCAUUAGAGUAAACUUACUAGGCUUUGUAGCUUUCCCAUGAGUUAUACUCCCUCUAAAACAAUUUGCCCCAGGAUGACAAACUUUUCUUUGUCUUACUAAUAAGUCUUCAUCUUUCCAUUGUAAGGAGUGAAGUGUAACUUCACUGUACAAGUUCAGUUCAUUAUUCAAAAUAUGUAGAAGGAUUCAAGGACAGAGAGUGUUUGAAAAAACUCUUGACAGACAGUACUAGGAGAC